CUUCACCUUUAAGACAAUUAUUGAUUUUGGAAAAGUCAAAUUUUGAUCCGGAUUUUGACGACGGGAAGUGGUUGAAGGAGUUGAGAAGAAAGGCGAGAAGAAAUGACCUUAGUGAAGAGGAGAAACAAAAAGUGGGGAAACCAGGUGAUAUUUUACAAGAGGAAUUAUCUGAAUUCAAUAAAGAAAAAGUUGAAAAGGAUCAAAUUGAGCUGAAAAAUGGAAUCAUGAUAGACUCGGAUGGCAACUUAAUAAAAGAUGCAAUUGCUGUAUCUUUAAGUUUCCCUUUUGGGCAAGAAAGUUCGGAAGAUGAAGCAAUUGCAAUUUUAGGAGUGGAGACAACACAAAUUCACAAGAAAGUCUAA